AUGUCUAAUCCGCCCGGCACCAACACCAACGUCACCACCACUCCCAGCGGCAGCAGCUCCUCCCAUAAGCCUCCACCAUCUCCUUUCACCUCCUCCUCCUCCUCCACCACCCACGGCGGCAGCGGAGCCGGAACUCCACUCUCCCCACUCCCGGCAAUGAAAAAGGCCAAGUCUCAAGCUGUUGCUUACUCUCUCGAUAACAAGAACGGCCAGCCUCCACAUGUCCAUUUCUCGCCCGAGAUUGAUGCCAGUACUACCAAUUUCAAUUCCGCCUCAAUGAUCGAUGUAGAAGAAGAAGAUCCCGGUGAUGUCGUCUUGGACCCUAGUAACAUUAGCAAUUUUAGCAGCAAUGCUCUGUCACGCGCCUCCAAUUUGGCUCGGAAAAAGGCUACUCCUCCUCAGCCACAAAAGAAGCUUGUCAUUAAGCUCCUUAAAGGUAAACCUACGUUGCCCUCAGAUUUUGAAGAAACCACGUGGGCAAAACUUAAAUCAGCUAUCAAUGCCAUAUUCUUGAUGCAGCCAGAUCCUUGUGAUCUUGAGAAGUUGUAUCAGGCGGUAAAUGACCUAUGUCUGCACAAGAUGGGGGGAAAUCUUUAUCAACGAAUUGAAAAGGAAUGUGAAGCGCAUAUAUCAGCUUCCUUGCAAUCUCUCGUUGGACAGAGUGAAGAUUUGGUGGUUUUCUUGUCUCUUGUAGAGAAGUGCUGGCAGGACUUUUGUGACCAGAUGUUAAUGAUUCGAGGUAUAGCUCUGUAUCUGGACCGGACAUAUGUUAAGCAAACUCCAAAUGUUAGGUCGUUGUGGGAUAUGGGUUUGCAACUAUUCCGGAAGCAUUUAUCUCUAGCUUCAGAAGUGGAGCACAAAACCGUGUUUGGUCUUCUCAAGAUGAUUGAGAGUGAAAGAUUGGGUGAGGCAGUUGAUAGAACUCUCCUGAACCAUCUCCUGAAGAUGUUCACUGCAUUGGGGAUUUAUUCUGAUAGCUUUGAGAAGCCAUUCUUGGAGCGUACAUCUGAGUUCUAUGCUUCUGAAGGCGUUAAAUACAUGCAACAGUCUGAUGUUCCUGAUUACUUGAAGCAUGUGGAGACAAGACUGCAUGAAGAGCAUGAGAGGUGUUUACUCUACCUGGAUGCAAGUACCAGAAAACCAUUAGUUGCUACUGCAGAAAGGCAACUUCUUGAAAGGCACAUAGCUGUUAUACUUGAUAAAGGUUUUAUGAUGCUUAUGGAUGGCCAUCGCAGUGAGGAUCUUCAAAGGGUGUAUAACCUCCUCUCUAGAGUUAAUGCCCUGGAAUCAUUAAGACUAGCUCUUAGUACAUAUAUACGGAGAACUGGGCAGGGUAUUGUCAUGGAUGAGGAGAAGGACAAAGAUAUGGUGUCCAGCCUUUUAGAUUUCAAGGCUACGCUCGAUACUAUUUGGGAGGAAAGUUUCUCAAAGAAUGAAGCAUUUAGUAACACUAUCAAGGAUGCUUUCGAACACUUGAUUAAUCUUCGCCAGAACCGACCUGCUGAGUUAAUUGCUAAGUUUUUGGACGAAAAGCUUCGUGCUGGAAAUAAAGGCACUUCAGAGGAGGAACUGGAAGGUACAUUAGACAAAGUCUUGGUGCUCUUCAGAUUUAUACAGGGUAAAGAUGUUUUUGAAGCAUUUUAUAAGAAAGAUCUUGCCAAGAGGUUACUCUUGGGUAAAAGUGCAUCCAUUGAUGCUGAGAAGUCCAUGAUUUCUAAGCUAAAAACAGAGUGUGGGAGCCAGUUUACUAACAAACUAGAAGGGAUGUUCAAGGAUAUUGAGUUAUCUAAAGAAAUAAAUGAAUCCUUCAAGCAAUCCUCUCAAGCUCGGACAAAGCUUCCCUCUGGAAUUGAGAUGAGUGUCCAUGUCUUAACAACUGGGUAUUGGCCUACAUAUCCACCAAUGGAUGUCCGGCUUCCCCAUGAACUCAAUGUGUAUCAGGAUAUUUUUAAAGAGUUCUAUCUCAGCAAGUACAGUGGAAGGAGAUUAAUGUGGCAGAAUUCAUUGGGUCAUUGUGUUCUGAAAGCAGAAUUUCCAAAAGGUAAAAAGGAGCUGGCAGUCUCGCUAUUUCAGACUGUUGUCUUGAUGCUCUUUAAUGACGCUGAAAAGCUUAGCUUUCAAGACAUUAAGGAAUCGACAGGCAUCGAGGACAAAGAGCUGCGAAGAACUCUUCAGUCCCUUGCAUGUGGAAAAGUUCGUGUUCUUCAGAAGAUUCCCAAAGGUAGAGAAGUUGAAGAUGAUGACUCAUUUGUGUUCAAUGAUCAAUUUGCUGCUCCUCUUUACCGUAUAAAGGUGAAUGCCAUUCAGAUGAAGGAAACAGUCGAGGAGAACACCAGCACUACUGAAAGAGUAUUUCAGGAUCGCCAAUAUCAGGUUGAUGCUGCCAUUGUUCGUAUUAUGAAAACCAGAAAAGUGUUGAGCCAUACACUAUUGAUAACUGAACUUUUUCAACAGCUCAAGUUCCCGAUAAAGCCAGCUGACUUGAAGAAACGGAUUGAAAGUCUUAUAGAUAGAGAGUACCUGGAGCGCGACAAAAACAACCCUCAAAUAUACAAUUAUCUAGCAUAA